AUGACGGGCCAAUGGGACCCCAUUCCUCCUAAUUGGAGUGCCUCCUUUUGUGAAGCCCGUUCGUCCGAGUAUGAGGUCAACUGGUACCGCUAUGUCCGGGCCAGCGAGUCUAGAACGAUCCAGCCCGUUAGGGUCGUGUCGGAUCUCGCUCGCGGCACUGUGGUAAACCCUUCGGGUCUCGUCACGGGAGAAGGUGGUCCCACAAUAUUGUCACGUCGAAGAGAACGGGACGAAAUUCCUUCUGUUACGGUCGAUUUCGGUCAGAACACCGUUGGGAUCUUAUCGAUUUCCUUCGCUGGAUCAUCGACUUCUGCUUUGCCCAGCGAGGAUAAGGACGACGAAAUUGACAGAGAUACGAACGAUGAAAGGCCUGGUAUACGACUCGCCUUUUCAGAGACGUUGCGGUUUUUGAGUAAUGUCAGCGACUUUUCGCGCUCCUACAACGGCGACACAAUCACCCCGGGCAGCGAUCAGAUCGCAGUUCGGAAAGACCCCUACGUCUGGACUGCAAAUCACGGCUGCCAGCACCGCGGUGCCGCCGACGGGAAGGGACAAGUCUGUGCAGACGGUCUGCACGGUUUCCGCUACCUGCGCAUCUACCUCGACGCCCUCCCUUCUGACACGCCGUACACCACCCCCCAUGGCCGCGUCGAGAUCUCCAACCUCUCCCUCGCCCUCUCAGCGUUCCACGGCACUCCCGACACCUUUAACGGGUGGUUCGAGUGCAGCGACGAGGACCUGACGCAGUGGUGGUUCGACGGGGUCUAUACUAAUGACCUCUGUAUCGAUACGUUCCGCGCCUCCGAGGAUGCGGAGCCGCGGGGCGCGGGGAGCGAGACGCUCGAGGGUAAGAUUGUGAUUCAUGACGCGCCAAAGAGGGAUCGGGAUCCGUAUGUGGGAGAUCUGGCGGUGGCGGCGCUGACGGGCUAUGUUUCGCAUGGAAAGGGAACGGUGAGCGAGGCGAGUGGGAACGUGCUGGCAGAUCUGGCGGUGCACCAGAGGGGCGACGGCUGGAUUCCGCCGGCGAGCAUUAUGAACUACACGCUCCCCCUAUUCGAUUACCCCCUCUGGUGGGUUGUCUGCAGCCACGACUACAUUUGGUACACGGGCGAUUUGGAAUACCUCUCGAUGUACUACACCAACCUCGUCGCUGUGUUGGACCGCUGGUAUCCCUCUGUCACAGACCCAGCGACGGGGCUCGUGACUAAAGGGCUGAACGGGACGGCCGGGUACGGCGACUAUGCAUUCGUGCCGCGACAGGGGCCGGUAACGUAUUACAACGCUCUAUACGUGCUCGCACUGCGCCGAGCGGCGGAGAUGGCGGUCGAGGCCGAGAAUGACGGGGACGCGGAGCGGUGGAGGCGCCGGGCGGACGAGGUUGCAAAGGCGCUGGGGGAAAGAAACUUUGACGAGAAGGCCGGCGCGUUCUGGGACGGAACGAAGGAGGGGAGGUUUAUGGACGCGCACGCGCAGGAUGGGAACAGCAUUGCGAUUCUCGCGGACGUGGUGGAUAAGGAGAAGGCGAGGGGGGCGCUGGACUACUACUCGCGCGUCGCGGCCAGGCCGUACGGGAACGCGUUCUACGACUCGGACGCUGUGAAUGAGGGGUUCAGCCAGAAAGUGUACGCGUUUGUGUCCUACUUUGAGCUCGCGGCGCGGUUCAUGGUCGGGACGGGGGAUAGCGCCAUCGAGGAGAUGAAAAGGUUGUACGGUUGGAUGUCGCGCCAGGACCCGGGCGUGACAUUCUGGGAAGGAAUAGGGCCGGAAGGAAAGCCGUACGAGGAUGGGUACACGAGCAUGGCUCACGGGUGGGCCACAGGGCUGGUGCCGCUGAUGAGCGGGUGCGUGCUGGGUGUGAAGCCGACGGAGCCCGGGUUCCGGACGUGGAGCGUCGCGCCGGAAACAGCGGGGCUAAGGUGGGCGCGGGGAGUUGUGCCAACGCCGGAAGGCGGAGGAAUUCAGGUUGAGUGGGAGCAAGGCGGCGACGGAGAUGUCAGGAUCCAGGUGAGAGCGGCAGAGGGCACGAGGGGAGUUGUCAGUGUUCCGGUGGGAGCUCGGGGGAAGGUUGUCGAGCUCGAUGGAGAAGUCGUGUAUGCUGGGCGAGAUGGCAUCCGAGCGAGAUAUAAAGAGGGCAAGGUCUUGGUUGAUGUUGAAGGGAAGGGGGCAGACUGUAAGGUUGUGGUUUCUGUCAGGAGAAGACCUGGUAAUCUAUGGGCUUUUGUUCGGCAAGCGGGAUGGAUUGCUUGA